AUGAGAAAUAAGGAAACCGCCUUCGGCACUGUUUCAUCGACGAAGGGCAAUUUUCUGCAAGAUUUUAACCAUAUUGAUCAGUUUUACAUCGGCGAGUCAUCCUCCAAUCACGCACUCAACAAGCAAACCGCAUCUUUCGACCCUUUCGAUCUUUACCCUUACAAAGUUUUUACAGAUCUUGAUGUGUACGAGGACAAGCCUUUUGCCGAAAAUGGCGGGCACGGCCUUGUCAUGGACAAUUUUCAAGUUGAAGGGAGCUUGAUGGCUGUGACGACAGCCAAUAUGAUGAAUGAAUCUGGUCGAAGCCAUAUGUUGGGAGACUAUCAUCAAGAUAUCAAGCCUGUGAGCUUCGUGGUCCCGGACGAGGUCUCUUGCAUUAGCGCUGGAAAUGGGUAUUACAAGAAAAGUCUCGUGAAUAAGAGUAAGGCGUCCUCAUCGCGAAGAACUCGUAAAAGACCCCAUGUAAUCAAGGGACAGUGGACAACCGAAGAGGACAGACUUCUGAUUCAACUGGUGGAACAAUUUGGAUUAAGAAAGUGGUCUCACAUUGCUCAGAUGUUGCCUGGUCGGAUCGGAAAGCAGUGCAGAGAGAGAUGGCAUAACCAUCUAAGACCCGAUAUUAAGAAGGACACAUGGAGUGAGGAAGAAGACAAGAUAUUGAUUAGAGCACACUCGGAAAUCGGCAACAAGUGGGCCGAAAUUGCCAAGAGACUCCCCGGAAGGACCGAAAACUCCAUCAAGAACCACUGGAAUGCCACUAAGAGGAGACAAUACUCCAAGAGGAAGUGCCGGUCCAAGUACCCAAGAGCCUCCCUCUUGCAAGACUACAUCAAGAGCUUGAACUUGAGUGCAUCCGCAAAAAACCCUAGAAAGUCUUCUGCCGGCAGCGGUGACUGUGCCAUUGUGGCAAACGACGACGACGAUGCGAGCUCGAGCAACCCAACAUCCGAUGAGCCAAGGCUGGAGAUAAUGGACUUUUGUUCGGGCGACCGGUUGGUGCCAAACUUUGAGUUCGACGAAGUCCCGGAGUUGUCAUUCGACGACAAGUUGUUUCAAGAGGGAUGUACCAUUGAUUCUCUCCUUGAGGACUUGCCUUGUCCACCUGAUGCUACUCAUGUUAGUGAUGAAGGGUAUGGCAUGGAAAUGCUGGAUAUGGAUCCCUUGAUGGAACCUGAUGAAGAACCAAAGAAGGACUUAGACCUUGUGGAAAUGAUGUCUCAGGUUAAUACUCUUUAA